GCAGCUUUUAGUGUUCAGCUGUAACUCUUCCGUUAUCUUACUCUCUUAAAACUACAUCUCCCAGCAUGCUCUGAAGCUAAUCUGACCUCAUUUCAAAUGGCCCCGUAGGGCAACAAGGCUGGUUAGUUUUGACCCUGCUGCUUGUGCCUUGAAAAAAAAUCGAUGCCAAUUGGCAGCCAUUUGGGCUUUUAUAAGCUCUUUUUUUGAACUGUAGUCAUUAAAUGAAGGGAUUUGGUAUGGGAGGGCCCAUUCAUUCCCUCAGCUGGGCGAGGGACCAGGCAAACUGUCUCCGGCAAUCUAAAUAAGAGGGAAUGUUGAACAGGGAACACCGCUGGGGCCGAACAGAGGCGCAGGAACCGGAGCCCAGGCUGUGUCCGCAAACUGUCGGGUCCGGACUUUGGCUCAGGGACGGUCGGAAGUGGGAGAUGGAGAUGCCAGAGGAACCGGCCGAUAGUGGGCAUUCGCUGCCCCCGGUUUAUAUUUAUAGUCCCGAGUAUGUCAGCAUUUGCGACUCUCUCGUCAAGAUCCCCAAACGGGCCAGUAUGGUCCACUCUCUGAUCGAAGCAUAUGCCCUGCACAAACAAAUGAGGAUAGUGAAGCCCAAAGUGGCCUCCAUGGAGGAUAUGGCCACCUUCCACACUGAUGCCUAUCUGCAACAUCUCCAAAAGGUCAGCCAAGAAGGUGAUGAGGACCAUCCGGACUCUAUAGAAUACGGACUAGGUUAUGACUGCCCAGCCACAGAAGGAAUAUUUGACUAUGCGGCUGCUGUGGGAGGAGCUACAAUCACUGCUGCCCAGUGCCUGAUUGACGGGAAGUGUAAAAUAGCGAUUAACUGGUCUGGAGGGUGGCAUCACGCAAAGAAAGAUGAAGCAUCUGGUUUUUGUUAUCUCAAUGAUGCUGUCCUGGGAAUAUUAAGAUUGCGACGGAAAUUUGACCGUAUUCUCUAUGUGGAUUUGGAUCUGCACCAUGGAGAUGGUGUUGAAGAUGCCUUCAGUUUUACAUCCAAAGUUAUGACUGUGUCCCUGCACAAAUUCUCCCCAGGAUUCUUUCCAGGAACAGGUGACAUGUCUGAUGUUGGCCUGGGAAAAGGUCGGUACUACAGUGUCAAUGUGCCCAUUCAGGAUGGCAUACAGGACGAGAAGUACUAUCACAUCUGUGAAAGUGUACUAAAGGAAGUGUACCAGGCCUUCAAUCCUAAAGCAGUGGUUUUACAGCUGGGUGCAGAUACCAUCGCUGGGGACCCAAUGUGCUCCUUUAACAUGACGCCAGUGGGGAUCGGCAAGUGUCUGAAGUAUGUGCUUGAGUGGCAGUUGGCAACUCUGAUUUUAGGAGGAGGAGGCUAUAACCUUGCCAAUACGGCUCGUUGCUGGACAUACUUGACCGGGGUCAUCCUAGGGAAAACACUAUCCUCUGAGAUCCCAGAUCAUGAGCUCUCAAUUUGACUAUUUCCUGCCGUCUAGUUCUCUUGGGUGCCAGUGGAUGGAUCCAAGGCUCAGAUGGUUGCUCCUCGUGGUGCAGUCAGUGCCACAGUUCCAGUCACCUCAUUGGUCACUCCGUGUCCUGGAGGUCGCUUCAUGCUCCUGAGGUUUGCCUGCUCUGGCCUAGGUUGCCGGCUCAGUCCUGUUUCUGUAAAUGUCCCUGGUCUAGAUCUGCUCCUGCGGAAGUCCCUGUCUUGAGGUUGGUUCCACAAAGAUCUCUGGCUCUGAUCUACUCCCUGGAGGUCCCAGAUUUGAGUGUGCCUGAACCUGCAGAGGUCCUGGCUCAGGGACCUCAGAGGUCCCAGACUCAUACCUGGACCUGCAGUGGUUUCUGGUUCCUGCCUACUCCCUUGGAGAUCCCAGACCAACGCCCAGACCCGCAGAGGUCCUGACUUAGGCCUACUCCCUCAGAAGUCUCAGACUCAUACCUGGACCCACAGAGGUCUCUGGCCCUGGCUGCCCCUCUGUACCUGCUCUGGCGAAGGUCGCUGUCUCAGUCCUGCCUCUGCAAAUGUCCCAGAUCUGGAUCCGCUCCCCUGGAACUCGCAGUCUCAGGUCUGCUCUGGCCUGAGUCACCAGCUCAGUCCCAUUCCCAUGGAGCUUACUGCCUCAGGCCCACUCAGAACUAGGUUGCUGACCCAGUCCUGCUUCCGCAAAUGUCCCUGGUCUGGA